UAUCCCCUUGAUAGCGUCAGCUCCAGUUCUCCUCGUCGGAAGACCCUUGUCUCCGAUCCUCUGCGAAUCUCCAUAACCCUAGCUCUCCAGACCCUCCCCCGUCGAGCUGAAUAAACCCUAGAUAAGAGGAGAGUGAGGAGGAGGGCUACCGAUCAAUUGAUCUAUCUCGAAUAGUUCAGAUCGAUGGAGAGAAAAAGAAGUAGAUCGAUUCGGUCGCCUGAGGUCUUUCUCCUUCUGGUACUUCUCGCUAGCUGCUUCCGCCACCCCGAUGCACUCUCCGUCACCGUGACCGACGAGGAGUGCGUCUACGAGUACAUCCUCUACGAUGGCGACACCGUGUCCGGAAACUUCGUUGUCGUCGAUCACGAUAUCUUCUGGGGCUCGGAUCACCCCGGCAUCGAUCUAGUCGUGACUUCUCCAGGGGGCAAUACUGUGCACACAUUAAAGGGAACAUCUGGUGACAAGUUUGAGUUCAAAGCUCCAAGGGCUGGAAUGUACAAGUUUUGCUUCCAUAAUCCACAAAGAACACCAGAAACUGUAUCUUUCUACAUACAUGUGGGGCAUAUUCCCAACGAACAUAAUCUUGCUAAAGAUGAGCAUUUGGAUCCUAUAAAUGUGAAGAUUGCAGAGCUUAGGGAAGCACUGGAGUCUGUUACAGGAGAGCAGCGAUACCUGAAAGCACGGGAAUCUCGGCACCGCCGUACAAAUGAGAGCACCAGGAGUCGUCUCAUCUUUUACACAGUGGUUGAGUACCUUACACUGGUCUGUGCUAGUGUACUGCAGGUAGUUUACAUCCGCCGCCUAUUCAGCAAGACGGUGGCAUACAAUAGGGUUUAGUAGCCCAUGUAUUCUUAUCUGUUGUUUCCAACAAUUUUUAACAUCAUGGAUUUUUUUUUUUUCAUGGAAUUAACAAUAAAACAGAUUGUUUGUACUUAUUUUCCUCUCUUGUAUCUCCUCCUUGUCAUAUCAUAGUUGCAGACUGCCACCAAACUUAUUUAUUGGGUCAUAUGACCAUGAAAGUCAUAGUGUGGUGUUUGAAAAGAAGUUGAAAGAUAACCUUAUGUUCCAUGAUUUCGAGAAGAAACGCUGCUUUGUGCUCAUGGGGAUUCAACACCAACAAUUGUAGCAUUGGUAUCUGAAUAUGGAUUGUAAUUGACUAACUUUAGACCUUCGUCCCAAUUUUUCUUUAACUGAUUAGCACUGAUGUUGGACUGA